AUGAACAUGAAUCGAGAUGCAGAUGAUAUGUUCCCUAAUGUGUGUUGGACUAAUAGUAGUGAAGAUGACCUUGCAACUGAUGAUCUUGAGACACUUGCAUUUCUUGUGAGGGCUGGUAGAGAAGCACAACAACAGCUUAGACAGCCACAACACAAUAUUGGAUUACGGGAACAUCAAUAUAUUUUGGAAGUUUUAAAUGGGAAUCCAAGAAAUUGUCGCGAGUUAUUCCGAAUUGAGGUUGAUGCCUUCCGCGCAUUAUGCAGCUUGUUAUGUUCAAAUAGUUUUUUGAAGGAUACUAGAAAAGGGCUGACCGUCGAGGAACAAAUAGGCAUGUUCACAUCGGUAGUGGCGGCUGGAGACGAACAACGGAUUGUGGGGCAGCGAUUUCAACAUUCAACGGAAACUGUUAAUGCCCAUGUAAGGAACGUUAUGAAGGCCCUGUGUAGGCUAGGGACACAUCUUAUUUACCCAACUCACACAUCCGGGGUGCACCCAACAAUCGCAGGCAAUCCGAAAAAUUAUCCUUGGUUUGAGGUAAGUUGUUUAUGGUAGAUAAUAAAAUAUAAUUCUGAUUAUAUUGGGUCAUUGUUUUGUAAAUUACUUGAACCGUAUGGAAUCAUAUGUAUUAUGUCCGGUUCUUCGUUUGCAGGGAUGCAUUGGUGCAAUUGAUGGGACCAUGAUCGACGCUGUUGUACCUGCAGAGGUGCGUGAGGCAUAUCGCAACCGGCAUGGCAAAGUUGCCCAAAACGUAUUGUGUGUAUGUGACUUGGACAUGAAGUUCACAUUCUUGUACACUGGUUGGGAGGGAAGCUCGCAUGAUGCACGUGUAUUCAUCGAUGCAUUGUCUCAGGGCCGCAACGCAUUUCCAAUGCCUCUCGAUGGUCAUUAUUAUCUAGUCGAUUCGGCGUACCCAUGUACUCGAGGAUUUAUGCCCCCUUACCCUAGAGAGAGAUAUCAUAGAAGUGACCGUCAGGGUCAGCGGGGAUUUAGGGGGUGUAAAGAUUAUUUUAAUCAUCGUCAUUCAUGCAUUCGUAACGUAAUAGAACGUACAUUUGGGGUCUUGAAAUCACGAUUUAGAAUUUUAAGACUCAUGCCUGGUUAUAAAGUUGGGAGGCAAGGGGAUCUGAUCAUUGCAUGUUGUACGUUACACAAUUUUAUUAGAAUGACGAGCCCGAAUGACUGGUUGUUCGAGGAGUGGAGAGAUAUGGAGCUCAGUCCAAGCGGUCGUGCAUAUAGCGACGCCGCAAUUUCAGGAAAUCAUCCUGACAUGACCGUCGAAUCAGCCCAAGCUAUGGCUGCAAUUAGGGAUGACAUUGCCAAACGUAUGUGGGAAGCUAUGAGUGGUCAUUGACUUAUAUUGAUAAAUAUUGACAUUAUUAUCAAUAUAAGGGUGUAGUUAGAGAUUCAAAUGUAUUACAAAUUUGAUUUUGGUUUGGCAAUAUAUUACUAAUCUAUAUAGAUAGGGAAGUUUGUAGCAAAUUUAUUUAGAAAUAUGGUUGCUAAUAUUAUAAGCUAUAUACGUAAAUUUAGUUUCAUAAAUGAUUGGUCGAUAUGUAAAUUUUAUCGUACACAAAUUUACAAGGAUUGA